CCUACAUCAUAAUCAGAGCGUUUCAAGAACUUCUGAAACUGGCUCUUCCGAUCCCUCCAUUCAAGUUGGAAGAACUGUUGGGGUAGAAUUGACCAUACGAGAAGCUAAACGCUUUGAGAUGGAAGAGCUGUCUUUGGCCACAAAAAAUUUUAGCGAUAGAAGUUUGAUUGGGGAAGGAAAAUUUGGGGAAGUGUACAAAGGCUUGCUUCAUGAUGGUAUGCUAGUAGCAAUAAAAAAGCGACCUGGUGCUCCUACUCGGGAAUUUAUUGAAGAGGUACGAUAUCUCUCAUCUAUUCAACACCGCAAUCUUGUAUCCCUCUUAGGAUACUGCCAGGAAAGUGAUCAACAAAUUCUCGUGUAUGAGUACAUACCUAAUGGAAGCGUUUCUAUUCACUUAUAUGGAUCUGGUCAGGUUUCACAAGAGAAGCUUGAAUUCAAGCAUAGACUUUCAAUAGCUCUAGGGGCAGCUAAAGGUUUGGCUCAUCUUCACUCCAUAAGCCCCCGUUUGUUACACAAGGAUUUCAAGACAGCGAAUGUUCUUGUAGAUGAAAAUUUCAUAGCGAAGGUUGCUGAUGCCGGACUUCGCAAUUUUCUUGGGAGAGGUGAUAUUGCAGGGCCAUCUUCUCAAGUAACAGAUGAUGAGAUAUUCCUUGCCCCAGAGGUGAAAGAGUUCAGACGAUUUUCUGAAAAAAGUGACAUAUACAGUUUUGGUGUAUUUCUUCUGGAGUUAGUAAGCGGGCAGGAAGCUAUGAAACUGCUAUCUUCAGACAUCAAUCAAAACCUGGUUGAAUGGGUAUUUAGCAGUUCUCUCAUACUGCUGAUGCGCUACAUAAUGCUUAGAUACAGAAAUAUAUCACUUCAAAACAUACCAUUUGGAUUAGAAUCAUGCCUGUCUGAUUAGUUCAUGAUAUGACACAUGUAUACAAAGGUGUUGAAGAGGGAUUAAAUUGCAUUAUGUUAGAAAAUUCAAUGACCUAGAUGAUAUUCCUGUUGGAUUGUAGAAAAAUGUAGUUGCAUCUGAUAUGUUGUUUGUUCUUUUCAAGGUGCAAAAUUAUCAGGACUCUGGCAAUAUUAUAACCAUCAUUGAUCAAAGGUUAGGGAAUAGUUUCACAACCGAAGGCAUGGAAGAGUUCAUACAGUUAAUUUUAAGAUGCGUGGAGCUUUCUAGUGAGAGACGGCCUGCCAUGAGCUAUGUGGUGAUGGAACUGGACCGGAUACUUGAGAAAGAAAUGAGCUUGACCACAAUCAUGGGGGAAGGAACCCCAGUUGUGACCCUUGGAAGCCAGCUUUUUAGGGCUUCAAAAUAAAGGAAACAAGGAUUUAGUUCGAUUGCCUUGAAAUUGUUGAGUGUGAUAUGUUAAUUUUUUGAGAGCACCACAGAAGAAGAGAUCCAGCUGUUUGAUAAGUGUAUAAAGAGCAGCUGCAUUAUUUUUUUAUUUUUUUCCCCCGUCAUAAAUGUGUGUGGAAAUGUUGCUGUAAACCAUUGUUUGCUGUUAAUAUCCAAGUAAAGCUUGAAGUUGG